AAACAUUUUCAAGGACCAAUGGGCUGGGCUGGACAAGCUGUCUAGAGCCCGUAUUAUCAAACGGGCUUUCGGGCCCAUUAAAAUUAGAAGGUCCCAUCGUUUUUAGUCAAUCUCUGUGCACCCUCCGCCGCCGCCGCCGGAAGAAGUAUCUUCCGAUUAGUAAAACCCCCGCAGCAAAAAGACUUUCCAAAUGUGGUAAAACGAAGAUGAGUUUUCCAUUUCGCCGGACACCACUAUGCAGAAACUCCUCCAUUCCCCAAUCUUCCGUUCCGUGAGAAACCAUUUCUUCACUCCAUCCUCCACCUUCACUUCUUUUCCCGAUAAUGCCCUCGAGAAUUCCAAUAUUGCCACCGAAGUCCUCGCCGUUAUCAACUCCGUGAACCCCAUCCAGCCGGCCCUCGCCGAAUUAGCUCCCUUUUUAAAUCGCGAAGUUGUGAUUUCAGUGCUUCGGUCCCAGUCUCAAUUGAAGAAAGACCCGCGGAUUUGCUUCCGAUUCUACAUCUGGGCUGCCGAGAGAGCGCACCUCAGAAGUGGGGUUUCGCACAAUUUGAUCGUUGACAUGCUUUUGAGCGGCGGCGGCGGUGGCGGUGGGGAUUCGUUUGAUCUGUAUUGGGGCGUUCUCGAUGAAUUGAGGGAUGGGAGGCUGCGCGUUGAUGCGCAUUCGUUCGCGGUGUUGAUUUCGGGUUACUGGAAGCUGAGGAAGGCUGAAAUGGCGGUGGCGGCGUUCGGUCGGAUGAAGGAUUACGAAUGCAAGCCGAAUAGAGCUGUUUACAAUUUGAUACUGAAUGUUUUGGUCAAGAGUGAUACGAUUUUACUGGCGUUGGCGGUUUACAACAUGAUCCUGAAGUCGAAUUGUGGAAUGGGUGCCGACACUUUCAACGUUUUGAUCGAUGGGCUGUUCAAGAGCGAGAUGAUUGAAGACGCACUCAAUCUGUACGACGAAAUGACUCAGAGAAGGAUACUUCCCACUAAGAUUACGUACACCGUGGUCAUAUCGGGUAUGUGCAGGGCGAAGAGGACGCACGAUGCACAUAGGAUGUUUGAGUUGAUGAAGACGAGGGGGUGUCAGCCUGAUUCCGCUACGUACAAUGCGUUGCUUGAUGGGUUCUGUAAGUGUGGCCAGAUAGACGAGGCCUUCAAGCUCUUCAAGUCAUUUAGAGACGACGGGUAUAAUGUUGGGAUAAGGGGAUUCGGUUGCCUGAUUGAUGGUUUGAUAAAAGCCAAGAGGAUUAGUGGGGCGGAGAAAUUGUUUCAGCAGGUAUUGGAUGCGGGAUUAGUGCCCGAUAUUAUCUUGUAUACAAUUAUGAUGCGUGGGUUAACCGAACUCGGAAGAAUGGAAGAUGCAACUAAUAUGUUGAGGGAUAUGAUUGGAAAAGGUGUUAUGCCCGACACUCGAUGUUACAACGUUUUGAUCAAAGGGUUUUGUGAUUUAGGGCUGCUGGACGAAGCUCGAUCUCUUGAGCUCGAGAUUUCCCAGCACAACCAGUUCCCUAAUUCUUGCACUUACACGAUUCUCAUUUGCGGGUUGUGCAGAAACGGUCUGUUAGGAGAGGCUCAGGAGAUUUUCAACGGCAUGGAGAAACUCAAUUGCUCUCCUUCUGUUGUGACUUUCAAUGCCCUAAUUGAUGGUCUAUGCAAGGCUGCUAAGGUCGACGAAGCUCGCCUUAUGCUCCACAAAAUGGAGAUUGGGAGAAACCCAUCGUUGUUUCUUCGCCUUUCUCAAGGCACUGACCGCGUUCUUGAUAGUGCGAGCCUUCACAAAAAGGUGGAGACUUUAGUAGAAUCGGGUUUAAUUCACAAAGCCUACAAGCUUCUAAUACAGCUUGCCGAUAGUGGGGUUGUUCCGAAUAUCAAAACGUACAACACUCUGAUCAACGGUAUGUGCAAAGAUGGGCAGGUUGAUAGAGCUCUUAAGGUGUUCGAGGAGCUCAAACACAAAGGGCAUUUCCCGGAUUCCGUAACGUACGCAACACUCAUAGAGGGGCUCCAAAGGGUAGAUAGAGAAGGCGAUGCUUAUAAGCUCUUCAAACACAUGAACGAAAACGGAUGCAAACCAAGCGCGUCUGUGUAUAAAACGCUCAUGACUUGGUCUUGUAGGAGGAGAAAGACUUCUGUUGCUUUCGGCCUUUGGUUGGAGUACUUGAGGAGCCUAGCUGGCAGAGAAGGCGAAGCGUUGAAAUCGACCGAAAAAUAUUUCGAAAAAGGCGAUUUCGAAAUGGCUGUGAGGAGCUUACUCGAGAUGGAUAUGAAGUUGGUGGAUUUCGAUUCGGGCCCGUAUAAUAUUUGGCUCGUUGGAUUGUGUCAGUCAAACAGAGUUGACGUGGCGAUUAGGACAUUUUCGGUUCUUGAGGAGUUUAAUGUUGUUGUGUCUGCACCGGGAUGUGUGAAAUUGAUUGAGGCUCUGUGCUCCGAAGGAAAUCUCGGUAAAGCGGUUGAUGUAUUUCUCUACACGAUCGAGAGAGGUUAUAAAUUGAUGCCUAGAGUGUGUAACGGUUUACUGCAAAGACUUUUGGGUUCGAAAGAGAGAGCGGUGGUUGCUUUUGAGCUUCUCGAUAAAAUGAAAUCUGUGGGGUAUGACUUAAAUUCUUGUGUUCAUCACAAUACGAGAUUUCUUAUACGGCAUCGGUAUAAUGAGAGGAAAUCCGAGAAUGUGUUGUCAGCAGCCAGAUAAGUUAUGUUCUCGAUUUUAUUAUACAAUUUUUUUUUUUUUUUUUUAAAUCUGGAAAAUUGUUGUACUACUUGAGCUCAUUAGAUUUGCUGCUGACAUUUUCUUUUUAUCCUUUUAAUUUGCAUUAAUGGAGGAGUGAGUGAGAACUGAAAAAAAUCAACCAUCCUCAGUUUUGUAGCUUUGUACCUAACCUUCUUGUGGCUUGUAAAGAAUGAAUAAGAGUAUAAAUCUUGUUUCCA